AAGUCAGUUCUCAAGAGAGCUCUGUAUUUUGCAUUUCUCACUUAGUUCUAACUUGGCAACUUUUCUCAGAAGUUAAGCGUCCUUUGACCUCCUCUCUUCUGAACUGCAGAAGUCAGACCAGAUUUGGGUAUUUGGUAAAAUGACCUCUUGUGUUGCUGAAGAACCUGUUAAGAAGAUUGCCAUCUUUGGGGGGACUCAUGGAAAUGAACUGACAGGAGUCUUUCUAGUUACUCACUGGCUAAAGGACGGCACUGAAGUUCACAGAGCAGGGCUGGACGUGAAGCCAUUCAUUACCAACCCAAGAGCAGUGGAGAAGUGCACCAGAUACAUUGACUGUGACCUGAAUCGUGCUUUUGACCUUGAAAAUCUUAGCAAAGAGAUGUCUGAAGAUUUGCCAUAUGAAGUGAAAAGGGCUCAAGAAAUAAAUCACUUAUUUGGUCCAAAAAAUAGUGACGAUGCCUACGACGUUGUUUUUGACCUUCACAACACCACCUCUAACAUGGGCUGCACCCUCAUUCUUGAGGAUUCCAGGAGUGACUUUCUGAUCCAGAUGUUUCACUAUGUUCAGACUUGCAUGGCUCCAUUACCGUGCUCUGUUUAUCUCAUUGAGCAUCCUUCCCUCAAAUAUGCAACCACUCGUUCCAUUGCCAAGUAUCCUGUUGGUAUAGAAGUUGGUCCUCAGCCUCAGGGUGUUCUGAGAGCUGAUAUUUUGGACCAAAUGAGAAGAAUGAUAAAACAUGCUCUUGAUUUUAUACAGCAUUUCAAUGAAGGAAAAGAAUUUCCUCCCUGUUCUAUUGAUGUCUAUAAAAUAAUGGAGAAAGUUGAUUAUCCAAGGAACGAAAGUGGAGACGUGGCUGCUGUUAUCCAUCCUAAUUUGCAGGAUCAAGACUGGAAACCAUUGCACCCUGGAGAUCCUGUGUUUGUGUCUCUUGAUGGAAAAGUUAUUCCACUGGGUGGAGACUGUACCGUGUACCCAGUGUUUGUGAACGAAGCUGCAUAUUAUGAAAAAAAAGAAGCAUUUGCAAAGACAACAAAACUAACACUCAGAGCAAAAGGCAUCCGCUCCACUUUGCACUAAAAAUCUCUGCAAGCUCACAGUAAUGGAAGUCUUGCAAACUAGAACUCUGUAAACCUCCAAGACCACAGUGCCUUACUCUAGUUCUUUUCCUCAGCACCUGGUCCCGGGCCUCAAGCAGUAAGCAUCCAGGCCAGGUUUUUGAAAGGAAAGACU